UCAAAUAAUCUUUUGAAAAUUGGUUUAGAUAUAUAUAAGCUAGUUAUGGCUAAGCCUGUCGCGAUGUGCAAUAAGUCAGUUUAUCGCACGGUAAAUAAAAAUGUUGUCAGUAAUUUUCCCCGCUGCGAUUUAUCGCCACGUGUAUGUGCGCGCAUACUCUACAUUUGUGCGUGUUUACGUGUGUUUGUGUGUGCUACGUCCACUCUCCACACGUGCUUGAUGAUUGCAUAUGAGACUCAAGUUCCUUUCACAGAUGUUUAUUGGCCAUCAGCACACCAUAGAAAUAAAGUUCAGACACACAAAAUAAGGAAAGUCAUCUAUAUUCAACAUUGUAAAACAUUAGCAUUGCUACAUUGAGGCUAAUGAAAAAAAAAGAUGAUGUACUUUAGCCUGCUAUAAAACAUUGGCAGCCUUCUCCAAAAGUGUGGUUAAAACGCUGACACUUCAAACACGAAAACUCGCUAGUUUAUAGCAUUGGCAAACGAUGCCAAAAAAGAAAAAAAAUCUAUGCCACAUGCAUGACGAAAAAUGCACUUUUUUUUCUGAGUGUAAAGCUUACGGUUAGCAGUUUGGCGUCCGUACUUCCGGUGAAGAUUUAAAAUAUAAAAGCAUAUCAUGUUCAAAAUGUAAAUAAAAAUUUCUGGAGUUAAUCUCAAACACUUCACAUUCUACACUAAGAGCAGCUCCAAAAUGAAACCCAUACUGAAAAAACUGAUUGUCAAUGAAUAAUUUAGCUUUAAAUUUGCUGAAAUGCGCACUUUGCAGGACAAGAUGACAGUCCUUUUGGAUCAAAUAAGCACUUUUGAUGGGCUCUAAUUGGCUGGGAACAAAAAUGACGUUGGGUUUCUGACCUGUUUCAUAUUCCGCACUUAGCUAGCUUUCCAAUGACUCUUUAUGCAUUGGGUGUUUUAUUUUAUUUUAUUUUUUAAAUAUUAAUAUAGUUUGUUUUAUAAUAACAAUUUAUUGCAUUUGAAUAGAUGAUUUAUCAGGAUGUAUUGUCAUUACAUUAGUGGUUGAAUUGGUUAAAAAAAAAAAUGACAAUAACAUCGCAUAUCGGCAAUCAUUUAUGAGACAAUAUAUCGUUUGCUAAAAUUUGUUAUCGCGACAGGCCUAGUUCUUUUUAAUGGCCAUGCAUUGUGAAGGAAUCUGACCUUUUAGCCAGAAUGCCGGAACCACGGCGGACCCGCGCUAGCGCAGAUUAAACAACCCGGGCCAGCAAAACUCUGGCCAAAAGGCCAAACUCUGUGCGUUCACCUUAGUCUUAACCCCUUGUACUGACUCCAUUUUGAAAGCUAGAAAAGGGCUUUAAAGUACAAGUUGCCAAUUUAUUCAGGUCGACGGCGAUCAAACGGCAAGGCGAAACAGACUCGGGCAAGGAGGCGGACUCGUUCCAAAUUCACCAUAUCACAAGUCAACAAAAGGUUCCGGAGAAAAAAUGACAAUGCUUAGUUAAACAUUCAGUCUUUUGAAGGCUCUCGCGGGCCGGGCUGUGGGCAGAAGAAGGGUGUGCUUAGGCGUUGUUUCGGAUUGUCUGUUUGUGGAUUAGACAGGAGGAUUCGGGAGUUACUGUUGUCAAGGCAACGAGGGAUUUUGCCGCCUCACGGUCAAAUGGGCUCAUGGAGUCUUGUCAGUCGUAUUAGCAGUUGGAUAUUGGGCGUUCUCCGGGGUUCCUUGUGUCGGAACAGGGCGUCCGGCCAUUUGUUCUGCACUGCCCGGGAGAACUGAUUGCGAGAGUUGGUGGUGCAGACGUGGGCUUGCCGGCAUCGACCUUGCGCAGUCAGUUGCAUGACCCUCACGUUGGACUUCGGUGAUGAGAAGGCGUCAUGUAUCUCUUAUGCCCUAUAUUCUUCUUGUUUUCCUUAAACUAUGGUAUAAGUGCUAUUUUAUUUUAUAUUGUGUGUGUUGGAGUAAUACAAACAGUCAAACAGUAUAUAUGAGAAACGAUACUAUUCCCCGAUUGAUUAUAUUAAGUGUGUUAGAAUAAUGCAAACAGUUAGACGGUUUCUACGAGAAAAGGUACUAUCGCCUUCAAAUGACCUAGAUGGGAACGUCGCCCCUACCGACAUGACCGCCCUGAGGCCAAGGUAGUGCAAAAGCACGGUAUGAUUGUAUGCUAUACGACAUUGUAGUUCUUUCAAUGACCUGACUGUAAGCGAGGAGAAAGAGGAAGCGCGUGAGGCACAAAGAGAACCGAGAUGAUUUCCUUGGGGCCAUCUGGGCUCGUAGGACUUUUUACUUCACGCGCCUCCUACCUACCUGCUGCUGCUGCUGCUGAUGAUGAUGAUGAUGAUGCUGCUGCUGCUGUGUGGAUGUGCGGGCAGGGAGAUAGUCGCCAUGCGUGGGUGAGCAGGCAGGAAGCGAGCGAGAGCGCCGCUCCCGGUUCGCGCGCGGAACAGGUGUCGAUGGAGACGGCGGCCAUUCACCUGCCGCCUCCGCUCGCACUGUGAGCGUCAAAUCUGGACAAAAUACCAACAGAAAGUGUGCCCCAAAAAUGACUGGAAGUGACUUCAAAAUGGGCCAAAAUCAGCAGGAAAUGAUCCAAAAUGUGCAGGAAGUCAACAGGAGGUACCCUGAAAUGAACAAGGAAGCGAGCCAAAAUCAAACCAUUGACGACAAUAGACAUCCAAUGGAUUGAAACGCAAAUGAUCCUAUCUCCAAAUGGUUUGGACGUCUAGCGUCGUCAAUGGCGGAGAAUGAGUGAAGCGCUUCCUUCAGAAUUGUGCAGACUGUUGUGGAAAAUGUAAUGAAGUUGCACACAUAGUGAGCGUAAUAGUUUCAAGGCUGGCCCUGUGGAAAAUAUGACCGCCUUCUCUUUCCCACUGGCAAUUUACACCAACAGGACGCCUGUUUUCCCUUCCUUCCUCUGCUCGGCUCGGCUCGGCUCACCUCAAGUCACCCCGAAAGCCUGCAAUACGCUCUAGCGUACGUGUGCUGUAAUCAGAACGGAAGUUACGGAACGUUCAGAAAUGAAAAGCAGGCGCGUUUGUUGUAAUAGGGUCACGGGGGCGCGGGUGAGCCGCAGAGAUGUCGGAAAGUCACCCGACUAGACUCGCCCGACUCAUUUCUUGUUGCUUUUUGGGGCAUUUCCUGGUGAUUUGCUGUUGAUUUGUUGUCACUUCCUGUUUAUUUUGGCUCACUUCCCUGUUGACCCCCAUCAGCUCAUAAAUGGUUCGACUCCUCUCUUUUGAGCUUCUUAGUCAUUAAUAUUCCCCAAUUAAUUUUUUUCCAAUGUAGUUAGUAUUCCCAAUAAUGUUUAUCAAAAAAUGACUAUAACAUUAGGGGGAAAACUUGUAAAUAUAUAGAUAUUUUUUGGAGAUUAUUUUUAAUUUGCUGCCAUUUCAGGUAUGUGUAUCGGGUGCUGUGGUGCUUAGCCGAAUUCAAAAACACCCCUUUUUGCCAGAAAAAUGGACUGUUAAGUACUUUUAAAACUUUAUUUGUUAACAAAGUAAGGGUUACGAUGUACUUACCACGCUGGAGUCUCAUCCGCCAUUUUGUCUCCAGUCGGGUUUUUUUUUUGCAUAAACAGUACCUUACCUUACCACACAGUUUUUUUGUUUUUUUUUACUUUACGAACGUCCAUCUUGUCUGACCAAUAUGUAUAUUUUGUAGAUUAAACUAAUUUGCCUUACAAAAGUCCUCUAUCUUAAAUGAUAUGAAUGCUACAAAGACGUUUAUAAUUCUCAUAGCAAAAUGCUCGCACGUAACUCCACAAACUGUAGCUGUAAACUUAAUUACAGAUACAUACACAAACAUAUACUAGCUGAAAGAACUUACAGCCUGAGGUGGUAACCCUAACCCUUUAUCCGUGUCAGAAGUCGGAGUCAUACAAGGCGACUGUCCAGCCAGACCUAACGCUCCCAUUAGAGGGCAGUGUAUCCUCCAUCAUGAAACAAAAUACAAUACUUUUUGGAUAGAUCUUUGGGGGUACUUAUAGGGUUAGUUCCGACUUACGCAGAAAUUCGAUUUACGUCGCCGUAGGAACGGAAACCGUUCGUAACCUGGGGACAACCUGUACCGUGUUUUCCACCCUAUGAGGCGCACCUUCAUUGAAUGGCCUAUUUUUAAAUGUUUUCAUAUAAAGGGUGCACCACAUUAAGGGGCAGUAGUAGUAGUAGUAGUAGUGGUGGUUGGGGUGGCGUUAUGCAUCCACCAAACAGAGCUUCGCUAAAGGGAAUGUCAUGCCGUGAUUCGCCAGUAUUGACCUAUAGGGUGCGCCUUUUAUUGAGGAAAAUAUGCUAUAUAAACAUUCUAUUAUUUAUCCAUUUUUAAAACUGUGUUGAAUUCCAAUCCAUUUGAACUGGGACGACAAUAGAUAUCCAUAUCCGUUUGGACCGAAUCAGCGCAGCGUUUGGAAUAUUCUGUUUUCAAAGUCUGCGUGGCGUGGCGGGGAGCCAAUUGCGCAACGGAAGGAGUGUGACCCGGGCCGACCUCCUACUCCCGUCCGCCCGCGCUAGCGCGUUCGCUGGCGCUGCCGCCUCCCACGUGCUCGCGUUUAGUCCUUCUCAAAGGCAAAUCUCAGUUUCCUUUCCUACCUGCCCGCCUUCCCGCUCGCACGCCUUGUCGUAAAGCUCAUUCCGAAGAGAGUUCAAAUCAAGUUCACCGGAUUCAUCUCUCUUCUUCUUCUGCGGUGUCGUUUGUCGCGCCUCCCCCGUGGCAUCCGUAUCCACGGUAACGCGGUUCUCGUCGACAGGCGCCCGACGGAUGAAACGUCACGCGGCUCAGUGUGAUCGUUGAAGAUAAAGGACGCCGUAGACGUCCGUUCCGUUUGGACUGAGACGGAUGGCGGGAUAGUUCCAUUUUGGCCGUCUUGUGCCCUGAAUGGCAGCCACACUGGAAGUCCUGGCUUGGUUUUUUGUUGGUUUUUUUUGCUAUAAAGAAAGACCAGAAAGGCGUCAAAUGACCCCGGUACCAAACUGACUACUUGGCUUUAACAAGCAAUCAAGCAGACAACCCCCCUACACGUUCGCUGCCUCGGUGUGAAGGAGGGGGGGGGGGGGGGGUCACUCUGGAUAGCUGCAAUUAGCAUCUUGAAUAUUUGCAAAUCCAAGGCUCCCUCUGCUUUGUCAAACACGGAGAUGGCCAGUUGCCGUGUUCUACAAUAUGAUUGACACGGCAGAACUGAAUGCAUAUGUGUUGUAUCAGGCAUGCGCCGGGAGACAAGAGAGACAGAUCCGCCAAAGAAUCGCCUGCCGUCAAAUGAAGCUUACGCCCAUUAAAUCGGAGGAAAUGUGAAGAGACGUCUGAUGUUUUCCCGUCAAAAUCCCACUUUUCCCCUCCGCCGUCAAAAGUGGGCUUGAGAUGUGGGCGGGGACUCGCUGAUCCCGCCUCCUUCCCCUUUCUGGCAAAUGGAAGCCCCCGGCGAGUCCGCCGGCGGACGGCCGUAUCCGAACGAGGAGACGUCGCCCCCGCGGAGGAAGUGGGCGUCCGAACCCCGCGCCCGAGCCGGCGCUUUCGCCGAGGCGCCUCGGCGCGGCUACGACCCGGCCGGCGAUUCCGGGAAGCUGCCGUGCCCGGCGCCCCCCGAUGCCGCUUUCCAGAGUUUUUACUCCUACCGGCCGGGCCCGCCGUACCCUCGGCACCCGGAGACGGGAGCCAGACCCCGACCGGGGCCGGAAGCGCGCGCCUGGCCCUUCGCCGGACAGCUGCCGUCGGACGAACUGUACCCCGCCGGGCACCCGGGGGGGCGUUCCGGGAGGUCGCCCCGCCGCCAAAAAUCUCCCGGUCUACCCGCAUCCUUCGUACCUCGUUCCCAGUCGGGACUCGAUCCGGGCGACGAGGGUUACGGUAAGAAGGAGCAGAAAGCCAAAAAGCCCGGAAAGUAUAUUUGUUACUACUGCGGGCGAGCGUGCGCCAAGCCCAGCGUCCUGAAGAAGCACAUACGCUCGCACACGGGCGAGCGGCCGUACCCUUGCGUGCCCUGCGGCUUUUCCUUCAAAACCAAGAGCAACCUUUACAAGCACCGCAAGUCCCACGCGCACGCCAUCAAGGCCGGACUGGCGCCCUUUUCCGAGCCGGCCCCCAGGGCGUCGCCCGGAGGCGGUGCCGAGGUCCUCUCCGACGGCGAGCGGAGCACCGACACGGACGAGGAGGGAGCCGAGGGCGCCGCCGUGCCGACGGACAAAGAGGGAGCCGGUGCGCACGUCUCCUUCCCGGCUGAAAAGAGUCCAGGUGGCGCAGAACCGGCGUACGCAGACUCGGCCGAAGAGCUGCCUCCGGGUUCCGUCAAAGUGCCUAUCUUGAUCGUUCCCAAGUCCAGAGGCUCGGAGUGUCCGCCCCUUCAGGAAGCAAAAGGUUCCCGUCGCGCCGCGAUGUCGCCGGCCGGGAGAAAAGGUCGUUCGCUGGAUGACUCCUUUUUCAUCAAGCCGGGUCCGGACCGGGACGGCGCGGCUACGCAAUCGCUGAACCUCCUCAGUCCUCACGGCAAAGGCAGCACGGACUCUGGUUACUUUUCGCGUUCCGAGAGCGCGGAGCAGCAGAUCAGCCCUCCGAAUACCAACGUCAAAACGUACGAGGAGAUCAUGUUCGGACGGACUUGGUACUACCGACCCAACUCCAGAUCUAGGCACUUUGUCACAGUAGCCAAGAUCUCCGAGGAUCCCGUCUGCUUACGAGGGGACGCCGGAAUGUCCGGAGAUCCCAAACUGUAUCUGACCGGACCCGGUCUGAGCGGUAGCGGACUUCUCGAACCUCCCUCAGAUUCGGGGCCUCUCGUCCGGAGCAACUCCGUGCCGACGUCGUCUCCCCCGAACCUCAGCGUCCCCCCGGGGAUCCGAGGCAGCCAUUCCUUCGACGAGGCGAUGACUCCCGACGACGUUUUAUACCAGCCGGGCCUUCGUCGACUCCAAAGACAAGCGGCUAUCGAACUUCUGGCCCACGAAGCCCACACGGGAGACGCCGAGGGAUCCGGACGCGCGGCCAAAAAUUUGGAUUCGUCUCUCGGGAGGAAAGUGCGCGAACGCGGAACCGAUCGCUCUCCCGGAAGCGCGGAGUCCUUCGCCUACGGGACGUACGGCGCGAAAGUUAGCCUGUCGGAAAUAGCCACCAGAAAAAGAAGGAAGCAGAAGAGCGUCGGGGACGAGGAGGACAGUCCCGAUCACUGCGACAGCAGCUGCGGCGGUUCCGUAGAGAUGGCGGGAGACUACGUGAGCUUAGACGGCUCCAGAGGCACUCCCGCGGGGAAGGGUUCUCUCCAGAGCGCCCACAGUCAGUCGGACAGCUUCGAAACCUGUCCUAGCAUGUGCUCAGAGGACGCGGCUCCCUUUAUGGACUCGGAAUGCAGGGCGGCGGCCGGGAACGUCAUAUCGGUCAUCCAGCACACCAACUCCCUCAGUCGGCCCAAUUCCUUCGAGAAGUCAGAGUCCUCGGAGCAGCCCGCGUAUCGUCCCUCGGGCCCGUCCGGCCAAUACUCUGAGCAGUCCGACUCCGACGUCUUCGAAGACGCUCUGAGUCCGGAGAGUACGGAGCGGCGGCGGCAGAGCGACGGCGAUCCGGCCUCCCUCUCGUCUUCGUCGUCGCCCGCUCAGGUUUACCACGUCCCGCACAAACUGGUCCGCCAGCCCAACAUCCAGGUUCCUGAGAUCAGGGUGACGGACGAGAAGGACACGGAAGCGCCGGCGGUCAAGGAGCCGGAGAAGCCUCCUCCGCACGCCGACGAGUUCCAGCUGCCGCAGCGGAGCGACACGCUCUCCCAGAUGCCCUCGGAGAAGCUGCCGCCCAAGAAGAAGAGGUUGCGCCUGGCGGACAUGGAGCAUUCGUCCGGAGAGUCCAGUUUUGAGUCCACCUGCACCAGCCUGUCUCGUAGCCCGAGUCAGGAGAGCAAUCUGUCGCAUUCCUCCUCCUUCUCCGUGUCCUUUGACAGAGACGAAAGCCUCAAGAUGUCAUCGCCCACCAAACCGGAGGAGCCGGGAGCUAAAGCGCCAGAGUUUCUGACGGUGCCCGGCGCCCCUCAUUCCGGCCAGCACCAGCAGAGAGAGAUGAGAAGGUCUUCGUCGGAGCAAGCCCCGUACUCGCUACUUUCGGAGAUGCCCGAAAUGCGCAGCAAGUCCUUCGACUACGGCAGCUUGUCCACUUCCAGACAGGGCGAGCUCUACACCAGUGCUUCUGCCAUGAAGGAACGCCGACGGGGAUUUCUUGUCCGACAGGCAUCCCUGAGUGUCUAUCCUGAGGCGGUCGCCCAGGAACCUGGAGGAUCGGAGCUGUUAGUCAAACAGGAGAGUGCGGAGCAAGGGGCGUGGCUCGGCCUGACCGGAACCUCGCAUAGAAGCGGCAACAGAACCCAAAGAGUCGGUGUUGUAGGAGUUCACCAGCAGCACGUCCUCCAGCAGAGUAUCAGCGAGGACAGUCUGCAGGACGAACCUCCCUAUGUCAGGUCUCUCCAGCAUCGCCUCCAGACUCAGGGCUCUUCAUCCGAUGGAGAACACCCUGGGCACGAGUCCAUCAACAGGGAAGCCGUCCCUCCGUUCCUCUCUUACCGACAGUCCGCUCUCUUCUGGAGCCAGGAGCUCAGUCAGGCUUCUCGACAACGUCUGACACUCCAGGCCCAGCAGCAACUCCAGAAGCUACACAUCCAGUCCCCGAACAGUCUGUCCGGACAGGCGGCGCUCCGCAAACAAUCUCCGCACGAAGAAAAAUCAGAGGCUUCUUCCGCGAACCCCGUCGUAUUCAGAGAACGCGAACUAGGUGCGUCAUUAGUUCCCGUGCGCGUCCAAACCCACGUGCCGUCGUACGGUAGUGUGAUGUAUACUAGCGUUAGUCGGCUUGUAGCGUACGGUCAGCGGAGAUCCUUAGUUGGUCAAACGUCGGAAAGCCUCGACGGGUUUCCGGGUACAGCGGGAUUCAACCUAUCGCACUUUCUGGGAGAGACUGACGGAACGCCGUCGCGCCCCCCGCACUGGAAAUCCUCGCUUAGCGGCCCCGACACGGGAAUUCCUCUGUCGCUAACGUCGGGUACCGUUUCCACCACGGACGCCUCGGGCUCCGGAGCCGGCGGGAGCAAGAGGAUGCUUUCCCCCGCCAGUUCCUUGGAGCUGUUUGUGGAAACCAAGCAGCAGAAGAGGGUGAAGGAAGAAAAGAUGUUCGGUCAGAUGCUGAAGGAGAUGAGCGCCGUCGAGUUGAGCGGAACCGACAAGUCCGAAGACGGAGAAUGCGGCCCUCCCGACAAUAUUGCCGUUCCCGUCCGUUCUUCCGCCCUCCAUCGACCCGACGUUCCUCGGCCGGAGAGCUUCACCCCGCCUCUCCAGAUCGUCACCGACCCGUCGCCCGUCUCGCGUGGCCGAGAUUCACCCGAAGAGCUGGACGUCGACGAGUCCCGAGCGAGCCCGCGCUCCGCCGUGUCCUCCGACGAAUCGGAAGAUGUCGGCCGGCCCGGGGACGGUUCGCCGUCGGCGGCAGACGCCCGCCGAAGUCCGGGAAUCUCCGCGGGACGGACCCUGCUUCUCGCCGACGUGGCCGACGCCCAGCACUUAUUCCGGUUCCCGAGUCUGCGUACCGGCAGCAGGGUCAGCUGGUGUUUCCUCAACUACACCAAACCCAACAGCGUAGAAGCGGAACCGCUGAGCUCCAUCUACAGCUCCUGGUGCGUGAGCUCCUACAAUCCCAACCCUCUGAACCUUAGCACCAAGGUGGCGCUGGCCCUGCUGAGGUCCAAACAGCGGAGUGACACGGAGUUCUUCUACGCCACGGCCGCCUCCGCCGCGGCCCCUAGCUCGGGGAAGCUGGUAUCAUCAGUCGCCUGGAAGCUCCGAUUUGAUCAGAUGAAACCGGGGCUAAUGCCGCUUGAAAUCAGCCAUUUUGGAAGGAAGAUGGAGGAUGCGGCUUCGUGGGCUCGGCCCAAGGAGGAGCGUCCGGACAAGGACGCGUCCGUCAAACCGAGCGCCGCCGCCGAGCCGACUCGCAUCAAGAUCUUCGAAGGCGGAUACAAAUCCAACGAGGACUACGUGUACGUUCGCGGACGCGGUCGGGGCAAGUACAUCUGCGAGGAGUGCGGCAUCCGCUGCAAGAAGCCCAGCAUGCUAAAGAAGCACAUCCGCACGCAUACCGACGUGCGGCCAUACGUCUGCAAGUUCUGCAACUUUGCCUUCAAGACCAAAGGGAAUCUGACCAAGCACAUGAAGUCAAAAGCGCACCUGAAGAAGUGUCUGGAGUUGGGCGUGUCCACGUCUUGCGCGGACGACGCCGAAGCGGACGACGCGGACGUCGGCGAGGAAGCGGCGGCCCGGCGCAAGACCCCGUCGGAUCACCAGUUCUCCGACGCCGACGACUCGGAGGAAGACGACGACGAAGACGAGGAGGAGGAGGACGAAGACGGCGACUCCGCCCCCGGGACGUCGUCGCGCUCGGCCAGCCCGUACGGCGUCCCGGCGGCGGCGCCCGCCCCGCGCCCGCUCUUUGGCUACUUCACCACCGUGCCCAGCAUCCGCAUCACGGCGCAGGCCUCGCCGGGACGCCGGCCGCCGUCGCCGCCCUCGUCUUCCAGGGACGAAGAUUUCCCGUCGCCGUCUUCGCGCCUCUCCUCUCCCGGGCCGGACUUCUCCGGGUGCCCGUCCCCGGCCUCGCCCUGCUCGUCCCCGUCGGGCCGGCGGUACCUGUCGCCGCGGCGCGACGCCUCUCCUCUCGGCGGAUGUCGACGCGAGCUCUCCCCCAGGAGGGGGCGCCUGUCGCUGCUCGCCCCGCUGCCGCGCCCCGUCUCUCCCGGGAAACGUGACCUGUCGCCGCGAGGGCGCCACAAGGCCGCGAUGCGUCCCAACUCGCCGCGACGCGGGCUUCAUCAGCACCUCCUCCUGCAGAGUCAGCAGGUGGGCUCCCGAGGCCUGAGGUCGGCACACCUGGCCGGGCUCCUGAGUCAGGCCCACCCGGGACGACGCCGCGCCGCACAAAUGGAAACGGAGCACGUUCCAGGUUCCCCGGGGGUGCCGGAGCAAGGCAGUCCACCCCAUCAAGUCCUGUUCAGUCACCUCCCUCUCCAUUCACAACUGCAGGUGCGUUCUCCUUUCCCGAUGAUACCCAUCGGAGGGAUCCAGAUGGUCCACGCCGUGCCGGCGUCGCUCGGCGCUCCGCGGCGGGCCGCGGAACCGCGAAACCCCGAGCCCUCGGCCCCCGCGGGGGAACAAGAGGAGAACGUCCGGACGUGCACCAAAGCCAUCGCCUCGCUGCGCAUCGACCCCGGGGAAGGCGGCGAGAGGGGGUCGGACGAUCCGGAAGAAGGGCGCUCGCCCGCCGUUUCGCCGCCCUCGUCCGCGCCGCCGGGGCUUCAGCACUUUAGCGCGUCCCCGCAUCGCCCCUCGCCCGCGUCCUCGCCCCUCGCGGAAACCUGGAAAAGCGCAAAGACCGGUGGGGACGUGUCAUAGACGUGCGCCGCUUUUUGCACAAUUGACUCUUCUUCUCUUUCAUUCUGGAAAAACACGCACACGCACUCGGAUGACCACACUGACAAUCACAUGCAUGUAUUAGUGCUGGGGGGGGGGAUCUUCAAUGACCAUAUGAGGAAGCAUAAGCAUAGAUAUCACACACGGCGGUACCUCAAGAUACGAAAGCUUCAGUACGCUAUUUUGAAAAAAAUUUGCUUCGUAUUACAAAAAAAUAUUGAUGGUACAAAAGAUAGAUACGUACUCCAAUAGCUAAGCACCGCUCACAACAAUGCAACUAUGUUUGACUACAAAUGUAAAUAAAGGGAAUAUACAAUGAAAACAAAAGAAGAAUAUCAAUAGCCAAAUGAAAUGGCUGCCAAAGUGCACUCUGUGUUUCCUAUGAGCUCCAGUAGUCAUCUCAUCAUGUCUGGAGAAUGAGCUGGAACCUAAUAACUAGUUACACUUAAGUGCCACGAGGGGCAGACAAAGCCAUACAAAUUUAAGACAGCCAAUGAGGGGAUAUGACAGUCAAUGUAACGUGGUGUUUUUAGUAUAGCGUGGAAUUAUGCGAUUUACACUGAAAACACCAUUCAUUUUACAAGAAAAAAAAAAUCACAAUACGAAAGCCACUCUGGAACAAAUAACAAGAACAAAGUUUUGUAUCUUGAGGUACCACUGUACAUAUAGAACUGCAAAAUACAUGUAACAUAAUGGUCAAUGGAGCAUGUAUGCUGAAAUAGCUAUUAAUUCCUCCCAUAGACUUGAUAAUAACAUUGACGGGAUACGGUGCGCGGGGCCGAUUAAUAGGGGGCCUAUCUCCGUCAAAGCUGACCGAGUGGAUCGCAGACAAAGAGCUUUUUACGUUGAAAAUUCCUGUGAAUAAAUGCUUAAAUCCCUGAAUUCUUUAUAUAUAUGGCCAUAAAACAGUCUCAAUUCUUUGUUAAAAGAGCAAAGAACCGGGCAGUUAGCAUUUAUUUUACUUAAAAAUGUCGAAUGUGCCGCGGCUACCUUAUGAAAACAGCUUUUUCCGUUGAAAAUUCUUGUAAAUAAAUGCUGAAAUCCCUGAAUUCUUUAUAGAUAUGGAUGUAAAACAGUCUUGAUUCUUGGUUAAAAGCGGAAAAAAAAAAACAAAACGUGCAGUUAGCGUUUAUAUUACGUAAAUAUGUCGAAAAAUGAUGCUAGUCCGUAGAGGCUAAUUUCUCCCAUUGAUUCUUUUCACAUCCUUUCAAAAUGCAUGCAUGGUACGAAAAAUAUAAUAAUCCUCCAACAAAUCACUCCUGAGACAAUCCUUCCUGUUUGUAUGCGGUACAGCUUUCGUACUUUUUCAACCAAAAUCCGGCAUUAGAUUGCUGCGUUUGGUGUUUGAGAAUAACUCCUCUUGAUGUGGGCAGGCCCCCUACUUGAAAUCGAAGCGCAGUGCAUGACAGAUCUGACCCGUCAAUACCAUGAUGAAGUCUGUGUUCCUCCAUUUAUUAUCAAAAGCAUUCUUUAAAAUAAUGGGGGUUUUUUCAAAGUCCAGCCUGAAUCAUAGCUACGUUAGUGCGGCUUGGUAUGAACCAAAGCAUUUGGAAAUCCGUCAAGAGUAUUUUAGUGGAGAAACUAACUCGCCUUACAAAGAAGUCCACUCCUUUAAGACGGCCACCGACUAGCGCUCUAUAGAUGGCUCUAUAGAUGAAAAUCGAUAGGAAGUCACCUAAAUGAAUGGGAAGUGAGCUGGAAAUUCCCCCAAAAUAAACAGGAAGUGACAAAAAAAAAAAUCUGACGGUCUGUCAACUGCCAUGAAAUGACUCAAAUUGACAGAAAAUAUCAUUGAGAGACAGCGAGAACCAAAAGUGGUAUUUGCCAUGUGGCAAAAUGUAUUUUGACAUGUGGCAUUUUUUAUUGGUAUGUGGCAAAAUGGAUUUUGGUUUAUGGCAUUUUUUUUUUUGUAUGCGUCAGUUUUUUGGGGUAUAUAUGGCAUUUUUGCAAGACAUGCACAUCCAUGCCAUUGACAGCUAAGCAUGUCCAAAUUUUCCAUUAUCCAAUUUUCAUUUUAAAUGGCAGAAAAACAUGUGUGGCUGUGAUUUUUGACUAUGCACUUACCAUUAGAGCACAUUGACAUUCAACUGGCACCCAAGUAAGACUAUGCCAUUGACGGCUUUGCGCGUCCAAAUUUUCCAUUCAUAUUAAAUGGCAGAAAAAACGUGCGGCUGUGAUUUUUGACCAUACACUUACCAUUACAAUCCAUUGGCACCCAAGUCAGGCUAUGCCAUAGACGGCUAUGCACGUCCACAUUUUCCAUUCAUUUUGAAUUGCAGAAAAAACGCGUUAUGAUUUUUGACCAUACACUUUACAUGAGAGCACAUCCAUUUAGCCCCCCCCCAAAAUGCCGUAUGGCAAAAUCAAUUUUGCCACAUGGCCAAAAAAAUGCCACACGCCAAAA